AUGUCGCUCUCAUCUUGGAGGUCCUACCUCGAGCUCACGCGGCUGAAUCAUCCUCUCGAUGCGAUCGUGAUCUACCUUCCAUGUGCCACCGGCGUCGUCCAUGCGGCCGCUGUAUCCCACUGGCAGACCCUUCCUCUGCCCCUGGUACUUCGGUGCCUAACCGGAUGGCUACCAAUCUCCGUGCUCCAGGCAAGCUUCGCAAACACCAUCAACGAUACCCUUGACCAAGACCUGGACCGGAAGGUGUCUCGGUGCCGGAAUCGGCCCCUGGCCCGGGGAGCUCUAUCUACAACCCAAGCCAGUAUCUUCGCUGCAGUCCAAGCGGUAGCGGUCGUUCUUCUCUCCGCCUGGGCUCUUCCCCGCGCCUCUUCAGCUUAUCCUAUCGUGGCUGUCGUUGGCAGUUGCAUCUACCCCCUUGGAAAGCGCAUCACCAACUACCCACAAGUCAUUCUCGGGGCCAUGUUCGCCGCGGGCUUCCUCUGGGGGUAUGAGUCCACCGGGCUUCGUCUGGCGUCCCAGGCUCAUAUGGUAAGGAUUUCCGCGGGCAGCAUGAUGGGGGUCCAUUGCUUGUGGGUCGUGAUGCUCGACGUCAUCUAUGCAUUCCAGGACGUCGCGGACGAUUCCAGCGCAGGGGUCCGGAGCAUGAGCGUGCGAUUCCAGAAUUCGAGUCGGCGGCUUUUUACGGUCUUGGGGAUAUUGUACACGACACUUCUUCUGGUGAGUGGAGUUGCUGCAAGUCUCGGCCGAUGUUUUGCUGUUGUUGCCGGGUGCGCGACGAUGACGCUGUUCGUCAACCUGGGCUGGGUGGAUGUCACGUCCAGGGCGAGUUGCCGGUGGCGAUACAGGAGGGGGUUUCCGUUGACGGCGGGGAUUGUGUUUCUGGGACUGUUUGGGAUUGCGUGUCAGAGAGGUUCGUAG